UGUAAAUUUGAAACAGUAUAUAAAACUUAAACCUAUAAGGUAAAUUAUCAGAGGGCGGAAGUCGUUUAGAGGAGACAAAAUGGAUGGAAGAAUUUUAACAAUUAUUGUAGUGUUUUGUAUGAUUGUAGCAGUGACAGAAUCACAGAAUUGGACAGGCAACACCGAAUCUUACAAAGUACGGAAGAGUGAAACAUGUAGAAGGUGUGUUGAACAGUUGCCAACGUAUUGCGCUCGGUUUAGAAUUAUCAUAUGUAAUACAUAUGCGACUAAAUUAAGGUGUUCAACAGGCUGGACUCACAAUGGAGACUACAAUUGUAGCAUCCCAAUAUGUAGACCGACCUGCGGAUCCGUUGGGGAGUGUGUGGCUCCUGGUAAAUGUGAUUGUAAAGGUCUGGCAAAAGGUCAAUAUUGUCAGGAGUCAUUGACAGAAUCACAGAAAUGGACGGGGUGAGUUGUUGAUGAUAAUUUCAAUAUAAUAUCUAACUCAUGACUUCAUGUUAAUAGCUUAUAAUUAUAAGAGUUUCAUUUUCAUGUUAAAUUUUACAUUCUUAGCGGAGGGCCGUGGCUUUUGAAAU